UAUUUGUGCCACUGCUGAAUUCUUUUUCCAUACCUACACAUUCAUUUCUUUGCACUUGGAAAAGAAAAGAAAAAACAAAAGCAUGGAAACUUACUGCUUCCUCUCCUCAUCAAACUCCUUUACAAAGACUAUAGAACUUGUCCCCUCCAUCAAAGCUAGACCAUUCUCCUACCCCAGAAGAACUUUUACCAAUCACUUUCAAUGCAAGAGAACUGGGCUCUCCUCUUCCAUUACAUGUUGCCGUUCAUCCCCAUCAGGUGAUGAAUACCAGCCUUACCUUGAAGCUGAUUGGAGGUCAUUUAGAGCAAGAUUGGUUGCCAAUGAGCUAGUUUUCAGGCUCAGCGAGUCUUGCUCAGCUGUGGAUCCUGAUACUGCAGUCGAAAUGGAUCAUUCUUUAAGAGUCGCAUGUGCAGACAAAUGGGCUCAUGCCAUCCAUGAACCAGAAAAGGGUUGCAUACUAAUUGCCACAGAGAAGCUUGACGGGGUCCACAUUUUCGAACGCACGGUGAUCCUUCUAUUAUCAGUUGGGCCUGUGGGUCCGUAUGGAAUUAUACUGAACCGGCCGUCUCUGAUGUCCAUCAAGGAGAUGAGAUCAACGGUGCUUGAUGAUGCGGGGAUGUUUUCAGAUAGGCCAUUGUUCUUUGGAGGGCCACUGGAAGAAGGGUUAUUUCUGGUGAGCCCUAAAAGGGGUUAUGAUAAUGACAGGGUAGGGAAGAGUGGGGUUUUUGAAGAAGUAAUGAAGGGAAUGUACUACGGGACUAAGGAAAGUGCUGGCUGUGCAGCUGAAAUGGUUAAGAGAAAUGUGGUUGGAAUUGGGGAUUUCAGGUUCUUUGAUGGCCAUUGUGGAUGGGAAAAGGACCAAUUAAGAGAAGAAAUAGCUGCUGGUUACUGGACUGUGGCAGCUUGUAGCUCAAGUGUAAUUGGGCUGCAUCAUGUUGGCACUCGUGGGCUAUGGGAGGAGAUCCAUGGGCUUAUGGGCCCAAAGAAGGUUUGGUGACACACUAGGUCUGAUGGAAAAUAAAUUUCUAUAAUAGCAAGAAUUGAGGGUUUAUCUUGUUUAGGGUAGGGCAUAAAGCAGGGGAUUGAGGGGAGCUUGUAAAUGUUACUAUCCCAAAUUAGUAGCUAAGACAAUAUGUAUGGUAUUUGUAAGAAGAAGUGGUAUAUGCCAAUGGCAGAAAUUAGCAAGAAAAGUAAAGUCUGCUUGUAGAUUCAGAACCACAGUGUAUAUUGUACUUUCUUAAUGGUUAAUGCUUAAUUUCAAUUGAUUGAAUGCUAUGGAUGUUUGCUAA